AUGUUCAAGUCCGUCCUUACCUUCGUUGCCCUUGUCGCUGUUGCCUCCGCACAAAGUGUCGCCCCAGCUGCCUCUGGAUCUGCUGUCCCAGUUGCCGUUCCUGUUGCCGUCCCCGUCAUGGUCCCAGUUAUGGUUCCUGUCAUGACCCCAGUUAUGGCCCCAGUUAUGGCCGCAGGAAAGGCACCCAAGGCUGCCAAGAAGGCCAAGACCCCAUCUGCCUCCAAGGGAUCCAAGUUGUCCGCUUCUUCUGCAUCCUCCAAGUCUUCCAGACGUUACUUGACGCACUUGCAGUAA